AUGAACAUCCUUUCGAGAUCGACCUUUGCGACGGCUCGCAUAGGUGACCGAACAUCAUCAUGGACCUGCUCCAUCUGUCGCGGCCAACUGGCUCGCACUGCGACUAAGCCGCCGCCUCGACACUCUAUCGCGCGCCGAUUCGCCUCUGGACGGACGUGGUCGCAGGGCAAAGGGAAAGCCCACGACGGCGCAAAGUCUGGGCCGAACGCCCGGCUGAUUCUCUUUGCGUCGACCGGGGCGGCGGCUGGGACGGCGGCGCUGGCGUUUACCGACGAGAUCAAGAACAGCUACGAGGCUGCGGAGAGGACGGGGAGGGUCGUUGUCGCGCUGGCCGUCUGUAUCAAUGACUACCGGACGACGCUGAACGCAAAGUCGUCGGUUGAGGAACCGGAAAGGCAGGCGGAGCUGCUCAAGGCUUGCCACAAGCGAUGCGCCGAGCGCACCCUCAGGGUCCUGGAGAAGAACGGCGGCAUCUUUAUCAAGCUGGGACAGCACCUGAGUGCCAUGAACUACCUCCUACCUCCCGAGUGGACGACGACCUUUAUACCAUUGCAGGACAAGUGCCCCGUCUCAUCCUUUGAAUCCAUCCAGGACAUGUUCCGGAGGGACACCAACGAAGAUCUAUGGGACUACUUUUCUGAGUUCUCUGAGGAACCAAUUGGCGCCGCCUCGCUUGCGCAGGUGCAUCUGGCGACCAUCAAAGAUACAGGGCGCAGAGUGGCCGUCAAGGUCCAGCACCCCGAGCUGGAAGCCUGGGCGCCCCUCGACCUCGCCCUCACCAGGUACACUUUCUCGACGCUCAAGAGAUUCUUCCCCGAGUACGACCUUGAAUGGCUCUCGUCGGAAAUGGACUACUCCCUGCCCAAGGAGCUCGACUUUCGAGAGGAGGCGGAAAACGCACGUCGCAUGAAGGCGCAUUUCGCCAAGAUACCUGCGCUGCCUCUUGUCAUUCCCGAGGUCAUGUGGGCGAAGAAGCGCAUUCUCGUCAUGGCCUGCGAAUCUGGCCGGCGACCGGAUGAUCUUGAGUAUCUGGACAAGAACGGCAUCGACCGCGACGAGGUGUCGGCAACCUUGGCGCGCAUCUUCAACGAGAUGAUCUUUGGCGACGGCGCCCCCCUGCACUGCGAUCCCCACGGCGGCAAUCUCGCGAUCCGCAAGAACAAUACUCGCCGGGGUCUCGGCCGUGGGCCCAACUUUGACAUUAUCCUGUACGACCACGGCCUAUAUCGCGACAUUCCGUUGCCCUUAAGGCGCUCUUACGCCAAGAUGUGGCUCGCCGUAAUCGAUGGAGACAUGGACCGGAUGAAAAAGUACGCCCAUGAGGUGGCCGGCAUCAGCGAGGAGGACUUCCCGCUCUUUGCCUCUGCCAUCACCGGCCGGGACUUUAGCAUCGUCAGCCAGGAGGGGUCCAUCCUCAAGACGCGCACGCCAGAUGAAGAGAAGAACAUGAGCGGCGCUCUGCAGGAAGGACUCAUUGUCGAUCUCGUGCAGAUGCUCGGCCGAGUCCCCCGCAUCAUCCUUCUCAUCCUCAAGACCAACGACCUGACGCGUAGCUUGGACGAGAACCUCCACACUACUCAAGGCCCUAUUCGCACGUUUAUGAUUCUGGCGCGAUACUGCACCCGGACCGUCUUCCACGAGCAGCUCGAGGAGAUUCUCCGCAACGGCUCGAUGCUGUGGCCGCCGAACGCCGUGCGUGUCUUCGCUGCCUGGCUCGGAUUUGUGAGGGUUGAGGUCAAGCUGGAGGCGUUUGAGCUGUGGCUGAGGUUCAAGAGGAUCUUGGGGCUGCGGAGCGUGGAGUUUGGCGGCGGGCCGCUGAGACAGGAGCAGUAA